UACAUUACUAGAGACGCCAAACCUUUAAGCCCAAUUAAAGGAAAGGAGGGCAUUCUGGAGGCUUGCGCCAUACAAUACACGCAAGCUUUUCCUCUUCAUUUACACACUCGAAAGCUUCAAUCUUCCCAACUUAUCUGGUAUCCGCAUUCGUCUCUGGCUCCUCUAACAGGCUCGAUUUCAAUUUUCAAACCCUAAUGAUGUUCAGUGUAUUUGUUCUUUAAUCUUCGUAUGAUGCCGACAUUGAAAUAGUGAUCUUUAUGUUGGCCACACCGUCAUCUGAUGCAACAGCCAUGGCAUGGAAUUGGGUCAUCCAGUCCAUUGCAAAGUUUAAACAAGUAGAUACAUCUACUUUAGCUGGUCUGGUAGACCAAGCUCCUGAAAUCUCAAUUGAUAUGGGAAAGGAUGCAAAGGAGAUGGUCUCCUUGCAAAUCUUAGAGAGUUUGUUUCAGCAUGGAAAUGAAGCUACAGUUGAUUCUGAUUCUGCCCAAAAUGCCAAAAUCCCUUUUGAUUCAUCCGAAGACAUCUUGCACAAGAUUCUAGAGGAGACUUCCCAACCGAUGACAGAGUUAGAUAGGCGAAAAUGGAAUAUUCGUCCUUUUAUAACGCAUAAACGAGCUUCUUUGCCCAAAACCCCUGUGCAAAAGUUUAAGGAAGCACUUGUUGAGGGCAGUCACCCAAUUCUUGAAUCAUUGAAAGAGAUGAGUAAAACAAUCCGUGAGGUUGAUGUUGGUUUUAAUGCCCAAACUAAGGAUGAUUUAGUAUUUCUGAAAACGGGAAACGAAAACAGCAAGUUACAAGAAAGCCCCUCGCAGCAUGUAGAAGAUUCGAAUAGAGGGAUUGGAAGAAAAGAAGAUGAAAUGAUUAUAGAACCCCCAGUGAUGGAUCAUGUAGAAGAUUCUAAUAUAAGGAGGAUUACAGGUAGAAAAGAAGAUGAAAGGACUAUAGAACCCCCAGAGGAAAACACGUUGAUGGAUCAUGCACAAGAUUCUAGUAGAAGAGGGAUUACAGGGGACAUUGAAAGAAACGAAGAUGAAAUGUCUAUAGAACCCCAAGUAAAAGACUUUGAGGAAAACACAUUAGUGGACCAUGGUCAACAGCAGCCUCCUAGUGAGGAUGAUGAGAUGACUGAUAUCGCAGCCAAAAAAGAAGCCUUUUUGAGCUCUCAAUGCACACUCAGUCAAGAUUUCACUGAGAUAUUUGUUUGUAUGAAGUGUAGCAAAGGUGGUCAGUUGUUAGUUUGUUGUUCAGAUGCCUGCCCAUUUAGGGUUCACGAGAGUUGUUUGGGCUCCGCUUCCACAUUUGAUGGAAAUGAGAAUUUUUUCUGCCCAUUUUGUUCAUAUUCUCAUGCAAUAUCUAAGUAUAUGGAAGUUAAAAAAAAGGCUUCUUUAGCUAGAAAAGACUUGCAAGCUUUUUUAAGCUCAGGAGUGAGCUUGAAUGAAAGUAUAUCGGGUGAAAAAUUCAAAUCAAAUGGCAAUGAACAUGCUAUGAAGAGAGAUAAAGAUUGUGGGACAGCUGAAUCACUUCAUCAGUCAACACCCCAAGCUGGCAAAGAACAAGAAAGUCUGGUGUCCUCUACGUCUAGUCACUCAAAAAGAGCCCGUAAACAAGAACCACACUACAGCAUGUCAACAUCAGUUACUUUACCGCGGCGAAAGAACCUCUUUUGGGAGAAAGCAGAGGAGGAGAUGCUAAAGGAAGGGAUGCUGAGAUUUUCUUGUGAAGAUAACAAAAGAAUUCCAUGGAAGAAAAUUUUAGAUUUUGGGCGCCAAGUAUUUGACAAAACUCGGACCACUAUAGACUUGAAAGAUAAAUGGAGAAACAUAUGUAAAGAAAGCCCAGCCGUCAAGAAACAAAAACUAUAGAAUUUUUUGUUAAUGGUAAGCCUGUAUGCAAAUGUUCUUCGUGUCUUGGUGUUUCUUAAAAGCGUGUAUAUUCUUGUACAGAUUAUUAUCAUGAGGGCUUGCUUAUGGUUGGCUAUUCAUAUGCGGCCUCUUGUUUGAAUCACUCCGUAUAGACUGGAAAUGCAUGAUCGAAUCAAAAUUUGACUUCUUCC